AUGUCACCGUCGUCUCCAUCCUUGAACUCCGGGCAUUCGCCAACGCGCGUUCGUUCCAUGUCCGCGGGCGAAUCGGUACUCUCUCCGACUACAUUCGAUGGGCUUCCUGAAAGGGAUAGUGAGGAAUUCCAGUCUUACCUAUUCGGUUCGCCAGCGCGUCAACCACCCAAAUACUCCUUCCCCAAAGAAGAAAGGCUCUCCACCCCUAAAACCACCGACCCCACCACAACAAUCCACCAGCAACAUCAACAGCAACAAAGUCAUCAACAACAGCACCACACAGACGCUUACACCUCUUUCGGCGAUGGCGCUGGCACCACCGCCACCGUCAACGUCUACGGCAACCUGAUCCAGCUCUCCCGCUACCUCGGCGGCGUCCAGAGCCAUGAUAUCGAUGGCGGCCUCGUCGGUCGCUCCGGCUUCCUUUCGGUCGAUCUGCCGACCACACCGGGGCCGGCGCAGAUCGAAGAGCGGGCCCACGAGCUAGCCGACCUAGCUACCAACCCGUCGGCCACGCUAUGCGGGCUGUACAUGGAGGAUGGGUCGGACGUGAUGCGGGCGCUAGACGGGCGCAAGCCGCGGAUUGACUUCGUGCGGGAUCGGUGGCCGAGGUUUACGUUUUUCGAGGAUGAUGAUGAUCGUGGUGAUGAGGGGAAGGGGUAUGAUUCUCCCUUCACGCUUUCGGUGCAGUAUUACGUCCGCGAUGGGACGGUGUACCAGCAGCAUGUCUUUGAGAAGAAGCCCGGCAAGAGGGUGGACGAGCAUGCGCUGGUCGUACCGAACGUCAUGAUCGACACGGACGUGCUGAUCCGGCAGCUAGACUUCGCUACGGCGGAAGAGAGCCGCAGUGGGGAUGGUACUGCGGCUGAUGGGCCGGGCCGAGAGAGGGGCUAUGGGGCUGCUGAGCUGUACUCGACGUUCCUCGGUCCACAUGGGUACAGUCUCGUUCUCCAGCACGACAGUGCUCCGUCGUCGUCACCGAGUUCACCGAGUUCGACCAGCUUCCCGCCUGGGGUAGAGCGGCUUGAUGGUGAUGGAAAUGAGCGACCGUCAGAUACCGCCAGCAUGGUUUUGGCGCUCUUCAUUGACGGUGUUCCGCAUCGGAUCGAGGAGGUGGAGAACAAGUGGUACAAGAUCGCCAACAGGAACGAAGCCGAAGCCGGAUUCAUCAGGUCGGGUCGGGUGGAGAUCACCUUAGCUUACCGGCUGCAGAUCGCCUCCAAAGCAGCGCACAAUAGUGCAGUGUGGCGGUCGUCUCUGAUCCCUGCGUCAGCUCUGAGGACUCUGCAUGACCACUUCCGUACAACACCCUUCACACACCUUUCACUCUCGCCAUGUCCACACGAGAAUUUUGCCCUAAGGAGGAACCUAGAGCAUGUCCUCUCUGUGUGUAGCGUUCCAGUGUCCGAUGAGCACAAAGUCUGUCCAGCCGUCGCUCUCACUUGUGGGGACUUCUCAGGCCAUCGCAUCGUCACGGCGGCCAGCUUUUACGCAUUUGUGUUCCUGCUUUCCGUUUACGAGCACCUGCAGGCUACACUGAGUCAGUAUGACGGAACUCCUGAUUCACAAGAGUACGUUGUCGAAGUGAUGCAGCGCAUACGAGUGACCUGCAAAGGUCAUUUGAAGUGGGUGUUCGAGAAAGCUGAGAGAGGGGAAACCGGAUGCUUCGAAACGCACUACUGGGCCACGGGGAAGUCCAUCUCGGGGUCGACGACUGCAUCUGUUUCUUCCAAGCUGGGUGCCAAGUUACUGACGGACACGCCUUUCCAGGUCAUCAAGGCCGCCGAAUUUACCAAGACGUUCAGAGACAACAGUUUUCGUGACAACGUGCGGGAGUGCGUUGGUCCGUGGAUCAAGAGCCUGGAAGCGCUGGAUAGGCGAAAGUGCUUCGCGUUUGCUCGGCCUACCAGUGCCUUCACGGGCGAGUACCGCCUAGACGACCACGUCUGGAUUUGGAAGGCCUUGAGAAGCAUCGAGGACCUAGGCUUUGGUUCGCUGCUGAAACCGCAGACUGUCAGGGCGAGACGAAAGAAGACUACACGGAGAAGUGUGGGGCGACGACCUGACAGAGCAGAGGAUAAUGAAGAAGGGCCGAGGCCUCCAAGAGACUUCUCUUCUGCGGAAGCCCAGCGCCAAAUAAUCCGCAGGUUCACGACAGACAACCCCGUUUUCAUGAAUCAGCGGAUGCUGGCUGUAUCCCGCUCCGCUGGGGAGAGCCGUUUCCUUUUCUUUUCUCGAGAUACGGCCCUGUUCCACGACAUGAAUUCGGCCUUCUUCGAGGUGGCGGCGGCGGAUUCCUCGCGGGGGCAGAAUCGAAUUGCCGCGUGGGACCGCACAAUCGAGGUUCAGAGAUACCAUGAAGAGAAUCAGGAUGCCGGGUGGGACAACCCGCUGCGUUACGCGUUAGCCAUCAUUAUGGGAAAGAAGGGGCAUGCGAUUAAUCAGAGAUCGGCCGAGGACAUGUGCAAUGUCGCAACAACGGUACUUCUCCGAAGUUCUUCACCUAGCGGACUGUUCGCUGGACAGCUUGACGAGGUGACCAAGGAGCCCGACAUGGUCCAGGAGAAGCGUACCUGGGACUUUUACUGGCACGCUGCAUUCGAAAUCCCUUAUGCGCUUCUCAAGUAUGGGAAAAACCAGAAGCAGGAGUUCAGCCUGCUUGAGCCGAGGACCGUCAUCACCCCCCAUAUCGAACCGUUUGUUUUCGAUACAAGAUCCGAAACGGAGGAUGUGAUCGGUCUUAACACGGCCGCAAUUCAUGGUGGCAGGAGGCAUGGUCUUGUCAUGAAAAAGACUGUACCUUUCAAUGACCUCUUCGACCACCGAAGCAUUAUCGAGCCUGCGGAUGAGUGGUUAUACAAUUACCCUGCGUUUCUGGAGUUCGACUCGCAGCUGGAGCGCUUUCAGCCCUUUGAAAUUAACCAAAACUUCAACCUCUACGACCUACUACGAUCAAUUUCACCGGACAGUGACCUGUGGGACGAGAUCCGCGUCGAUGAUCGGUUCCGAUACAACGUGGGACGGUGGCUCUGCGAGCUUGGUAGCGAGACGUGGGAGGUUGUGCGGAACUGUUAUGAACGCGAUGGGAAAUUUUUUGCCGAAGAGGGCACCAGGGGUACCGUCCUGGAAGUGGCAAAGUGCGGCUUCAUGCACCACGCCCAGUCGGAACAGCACCGUCAGAAUCACCAUCACCAUGAUGUCGGGAGUCCCGGUCGUAAUAUCCGCAUGCACAGCACUUCUCAGUUCAAAGAAGCGCUGAGCAAGAUCAGGACGGCACAUUCGGCAAAGAAACGGCUCGUUUGGCUGCCGCGUGUGGACGAUGGAUCCACCAUUCUGUGCUGCUUGGCGGCUCCCAGUGGCGAGAAGCCGAAACUGUCAUCCUUCUUCGACAGGCAUGCCAAGGCCGAGAAGUACCUCUUGGAUGAUGUUGCGUCGGUGCUAAACAUGUGGGAAACCGAGUUCCAUCUGUCGUACUACCAGCUUGUAGACAAAGCGCCUGGUCAAGUGGAGGCGGGUGAGAAAAUGUCACCUCUGGAAGUUGACGGUUUCCCCGGCAGGGACAAAAUGAUCGAUCGCGCGGCUGCGGGAUUCCGCUUCGACGGCGAUUUCUUUGACAGGUACUGGACAUGCCACUUCUUGGAACGUAGGCCAGCGGACGAUUCCUUGGGUGAGAAAGACCUCGGAACGCGGCUACAGGAUAUCAUCUUCGACAAGCGGCUGCCUAAAGCCGACCGAGACAAGCCUCUGUGGAGGCAGCGCAAGGUGCUCGAGCUGCUUCUCUUCGAUAAGAUCGUAGACGAUAUGACGCAGAGCGCGAACGAAGUGUUGGAAGCAGCGAAAGCGAAGGUCCAGCAGGAUCUCGGAGUACGCACAAGCACCAAUGCCGCAGUGCUGAAGGCGCGUUCGGACAUGCUGUCAGACGCUCUCACCGAUUCCAUCUCCUUGUUCAGGAUUGACAGCGACGCGUACCUGUCGUUCCGGGAGGAGUGGGCGAUGUUGGAGCGCAUCCUUCAGGUGCUGGAAGAGGACCUGAGCGAGAACCUUGAGAAGAUUCACAGCUGGCAAAGCAGGGAAGAAGAUCGAGGGCCAGAGAAGCCGCGGUGGACGCGCAAUGACGAGCGCAAGUACCGGUCGGCGGUGACCAAGUUGGAAGUGUCGAACGGGCGGCGAGUGCAGGAGCUGGAGCGGUGCCGAGCGCGCAUCCGCUCUUUCGGGCAGUCGCUCACGGAUCGCCUGGACCGCGUCAGGGACGACCUGAACUUGCGCGGGGCUGAAGACAUCCGCCUCUUUACCUACAUCACAGCUUUCUUCCUGCCGCUCGGCUUCGCUGUCUCGAUUUUCAGCAUGAGUGGCUCGCCGGAGUGGUUGCCCAUCGUCGGCACCAUCGGUGUAGCCUUUGUCACGCUUUUCAUAGUCAUCGUCGCUCUAAUCAACGCCCGCACGCUUGAGCUCGGCUUCAAGGCCAUGCUCAAUUUUUUCCGACACAGCAUUGCUGCGGCUGAGAGUCCACCGAGGAAGGCGAGCAUCGCAUCCAUGCAGGCUCGAAAGCCUGGAGGUCUGCGAAUCGUGGCUCCUCCUGGAAGCCAAGCGCAGCGAGACAGCGCAUCGACUGCGGGGGAAGAAAAGGCGGAUAAAGAUUCGCCCGGAAUCUUGUCAUUCCUGACGCAUCGUCCAAGUAUUCGGAGGGCGAAGCCUCUCAGAUCGCCACAGCACCUGGUGUGA